ACAUUGAUAUAUAUCAGAUAUAUAUCAGCAACACCAUAUACGAGCGAGGACGAAAAGAAAAAACGAAAAGGGAAGAAAAGAAGAAGAGAGUAAAAAAAAAAAAAAAAAAAGAAGAGUCAAAGGAAGAAAAGAGGAAGAAUAAGAAAAUGGCGGAACAUCCUUGCUUCACCCUCGCGGGCCUGCUAACCGUCGGCGGCACGGCUGGAUAUAUCCGGACCAAGUCCACGCCUUCGCUCGCCGCUGGGCUGGGGUUGGGGGUUUCGUAUGCGUUUGCUGGCCACCUGAUCAAAGAAAACAAAGACUACGGCACCGAGCUCGCGCUGGCCAACAGCCUGUUCCUGCUGAGCUCCGCCGUGCCCCGCGUCAUCGCCACCCGCGGCCGCGCCCCCGUGCCCAUCGGGCUCGCGGUCACGGGCAUCGUGGCCGCGGCGUAUUAUCAGCACAAGGUGCGGGAGUUUCGGUUUGGUGUUUGAUUUGGUUUGGUUUGGUUUGGUUUUUUUACCUUGUCUGCUUGGAACUAACUGUCUGGCUUGUUUGGUGAAGGGGAAGGGUGGAAAGGG